UAGUUUCAAUGAAAGUUCCUGGACUGAAGCGAUUUUUGCCAGUUCAAGAAUACGUAGUGAUUGGAGUAAACUGAACGCAUCUCUGCCUUGUUUGGCGCUAAACACCAAAAUCAAAAUAUUUCAAAGUGUCUCCUGUAAAACAAACCUGCCCAUGGUUUGCGUCAGACCCAGAAUGAAAUCGACGGAGUCCGGUAAUUCAAGCAUGAACUUUUCCAUAAGCGGCCAAUGCCCAGUAAGCUGGCAAACGUCUUCGCUAAUAAAGCCUUCGCCUAAGCCUUCAACAUUGGCUGUUAUACUAAAUAUCUUUAAGGCAGAGCUUGUUGAAAUUUCUGACUUAUGGAUCGGUCUAAAGAAGACUAGCAAGGGAUUUGAAUGGAUGGAUCAGUCCAGCUGGACCUAUGAACACAGAAUUGAAUGGGCGGUGGACAGAGGAACCUACGACAGGAACAGUUACGGAGUUUCUUUGACAACUAUUAUUCCUGAACCAUCAAGAGGAAUCCUAGAAUCGUCGUCGUUAAAGUGGAAAAUGUGGCCCAAAGAGGCUCGCCUCAACGGUUUUAUUUGUCAAAAAGAAAUAUUUCCUCAACCAGAAGCAACUCUUCAGAUGCAUUUAGAUAUUUCUUACAGGCCUUUAGUUACAGCGAAACGUGUUCCCUUGCUUGUACGAGAAGUUCAAAUCGUGGAUACUCCAAAAGAUUUGCAGCUGAAAGACUAUGAACUCAACUCAGCCACCAAAAAUGAGCCACUUUUCAUUUCCAGGCUGUCUUGUUUUUUUGACAACUCAAACUUCAUUGAAGAUUACGAAUCCGGCGACGCCAUGAUUAAUUACAAAGUAAUUGAGACGAAAGUUCCUGGUACCAUAGAAUGGCGAGCGGCAGAAAUUAGUUGCGAAACCUGGGACGAAUGGUCACCUGAAACUAUACGUGCUUCAUGGAUUAUCUCUGGCGAUCCAUAUGGAAACGCAUCAUUUUCGUCUCUAAUUGUGUGGCUACGGCAUCGAACUGUAAAUUACUCAAGUGAAAUUCACGACGCAACUUUUAAAGCUAGUAGCAGUCAAAGGGCAGCCUUCAAACGAUCCUUACAUGACGUGUUCGUCCAAGAAUUCGUCAAACUCUAUCCUCUUUACAUGGAUAGUUUACUCUCUGCUUCUGAACCCGUGGCGUUUGAAUCUGAACCUUUUCCCAACCACCAUUUGCUUGUCAAGUAUCGCAUUCUCAUAAAUCUGAAUCCCUUAAUGGGAAGAAUGGACGGGUACGGUAAUCUUUGGUCACCCGACAAUGGGGAGUUUCUUGAAUUUUCCCGCCAGCCAAUGGAACUGAUGACUACUCUUAGUUGGCCGAAAUCAACUGUGGGGUCCAGAGUCGCUUCAGCUCCACAUUGUGUCACUCGGGACGGGCUCAUGCUAAGACGGCGAUGCCUUGGUGAUCGUUCCAGUGGUCUUUAUUGGGAAUAGCUAGAUAGUACUAAGUCUGGUGGCUCACUAUGUGUUGAAACAUCGCCACUUUUCAAACAGCUUCUUGCUUCGAUGAUCAUGGAAAAUUCCAGCCAGAUUUUGCAUGAGAUUCGGCAAAAAGGAGAUAAUUAUUAUUAAAAUGUGAUAUCCAAUUCCCUCUGAAGUUCCCGGAUUGAAAGAAGCUGCCUUAACGGAAUUUUUUGUUUUUUUUUCUGUUACCAUUGAAUUGCCUUUCAGGUUUCACAUUUAAUAUUUUUGCAGACAAAAUUUUUGAAUGACACUUGAAACAAAAUGUAUUGUUAUUCCUCUGCGAGUGUUUACGAAAACAUAAAUACUGUAAUGCCUUUUGCUUGAAAAAAAUAUUUCACUUUACGAAAUAAUAAACUUAAAAAAUGUUUUAAACUUUUGGGGAUAGAAAUAUUGGGAAA